UAGAAACUUAACCAUCCGAAAUCUGGGGGAUAUCAACUGGUUCGAAGGCAAUCAUCCCAUCGUUGUGUGCUCCGUGGUAACCCUAGAGAUGCUGAAAGCCACUACUCGGUAUCAUUUCAGGCCCUACUAUCUGGCUUUCUUCUUCAUCUGCCUGCCAACUCCCAGCUCCGCCGAUGAGUUCGCAGUUGCUUCCCAUCCUUCUCUUGUCCGUCUAUCCCCCGGCCGGCCGGUGGAGAACUCUCCCGGCACCCGCACCGGUGCGGUCGUCACCUGCAAUCGCGUCCACUUCCGCGGUUUCUCUAGGGUCCAUGCGCUUGAUAAGUUCUUCCACGCCCUUAAGGUUACCGCUUCCGUGUCUCAAGGCGAUGGUCUCUUCCGCAUGCAGACGGUCGAACUCUGCUUCCAUCGGUAUGUUUCUUAA